AAGAUCCGAAUCACUCUUGAUUAUUUUGUGCUCACGUAAUUCGGAACAACUACGUUUAAAAAGCAGAUUAAUUCCACAUAUAAAAUCCAUCAAAGGCUGUUCAUCCACGCAGCUUGCUGAGCUCCUCCAGCAUUUUGUAUGUGUUGCUUUGGAUUUCCAGCAUCUACCGAUUUUUUCCUGUUUGUGACAUAAAUGCAGAUUCACUAUUAGUUAAAAGUCUGGAAGAUGGUAAAUUCGCUCUGAAGGUGUUUACGCAUUGAUGGAGCGCCUACUGAAUCGGUGCCCUCCUCCUUUCCCCGCCCUUUACCCCAACUCGUUCCAUUCCACAACCGCUGCAGAGGCAGUUGUUUGUCUGCGGAACUUGCAGUGCAAACUUUUGUCUUCGGCGUGGGCUUUUAAUUUGUUAUCUACUCCCGAAAGGACGUCGAUCUUUCGAUCAAUAGAAAAGCUGCUUUUUGUUUGUUUUGUAACAAAUGCAGUGAGGCAACGAGGUCUGGUGGACUAAAAAAAUCAGGAGGGAAGAGCAACGGUAUCUGCAGCCGCCACCAGCCGCGGUUCUUGACAAAUUAACGGACAAUGGCAGACGUUGGUGUCUUGGUUGCCAGCCUCUUGGCUGUUCUGUCACUCGUGUGGUUCCUGCUGUUAAGGAGAAGAAGAGAGGGUGAGCCUCCAGUUGUAUAUGGAUGGAUUCCAUACUUGGGUUGUGCUUUAAAAUUUAGUGAAAAUCCUCUCAAGUUUCUAAAAACUUACCAGAAGAAGUAUGGAAAUACUUUUACAUGUAAGAUGGCUGGGAACUACCUCACAUUUAUCACUGACCCCUUCUCAUACGGUUCUGUCAUUCGGCAUGGAAAAUAUCUUGACUUUCAGGACAUUGGAUUAAAAAUUUCAAGAAGGGUAUUUAAUCAUGUAGAUUUUAAAGAUGCUAAGUACGGGGUAGAUUAUGAAGACAUUCAUCAAAUCUUCAACAAGACCCUGCAGGGACAUGCCUUGGGCCCGUUGGCCGCAAGUAUGAUGGAGAAUCUUCAGUUUGUAAUAUCACAAAUGAAGUCUUCCUUAGACUCAGAUGCAUGGACCACUGGAUGGCUUGAAGAGUUUUCAUUCAAGAUAAUGUUUCAAGCUGGGUUUCUAACAAUCUUUGGAAAAAAUGAAAAGGCAAUGAAAGCAAAGGAUAUUGAAAAGAUCAAUGCACAGAAUGCCGCCAUUCUGACUGCAAUGGAGAAUUUUAAAGUGUUUGACGCAUCAUUUCCUGCUUUAGCCAGUGGUAUUCCAGUAUUGUUUCUCAAAGCAGCCAAGAAAGCAAGAUUGGCUCUAGCACAAAUGUUGAUGCCUAAAGUCUUAAAUCAGAAUGACAAUAAAUCUCUCCUCAUUGAGGGAAGAAUUAAUAUUUUUGACCGUUCACCUGUACUUGAUGAUCUUGAAAAGGCAAAGACACACGUUGCAAUGCUGUGGGCUUCACAGGCCAAUACCCUCCCGACUAGUUUCUGGAGCAUUUAUUAUCUAUUAAGGUAUCCAGAAGCAUUGAAAGCAGUGAGAAAUGAACUUGACGACCUACUUCGCAUAACAAAUCAAAAAAUUGGAGACGCUAAUAAUCCUAUCACAUUUACCAAAGAACAACUAGAGAGUAUGAGAGUUGUGGGUAGUUGUAUAAAUGAAGUUCUCCGCUUAUCCAGUGCAUCAAUGAUGUUGCGUGUUGUCACUGAGGACUUUGUGCUGUCACUGGAUUCUGAUGUAAAGAUGGCUCUGCGAAAAGGAGACCAUAUUUGCUUAUAUCCACAACAACUACAUUUGGACCCAGAUGUCUAUGAGGACCCUUUGGAAUUUAAAUAUGAUAGAUUUUUGGAUGAGAAUGGAAAAGAGAAGACUGCAUUCUAUAAAAAUGGUAGAAAGCUUAAGCACUGGCUUUUGCCAUUUGGCAGUGGUGUCAGUAUGUGUCCUGGUCGUUUCUUCGCUAUCAAUGAGAUCAAACAGUUUUUGUCUAUAUUGUUAUGCUAUUUUGACAUGGAACUACUUGAUCCCUCAGGACCCAUUCCAGCCAAGGAUAAUUCAAGGUGUGGGUUAGGAAUUCUCCAACCAGUCCAUGAUGUUCAGUUCCGUUAUCGUCUGAAAUAAUAACCUACUGAAAUCACAGGAAACUAGAUUCUGGCACAAUGCCUAGUAUAGUAUAGAAGAAUUCUUUAUUAUGCUAUAUAAAGAACUAAUAAAACUAAUGUUUUAUAGUUCUAUGCUAACCAAUUGUUAUAACAAUUUUAUAGUAAUUAAAGUUUUCAAAGUGUUGCAUGUAUCCUACUGUUACUUAAUUUUUGUACUACCAAUUGUAGAAAACAGGAUUGAAUUUGUGAAGUAACAAUUUGCAGUAUUGCAGUUGGGUGUUGGUAUCAGUGGCAAUGUUUCAUCAAUAAAGAAAUAUAUGGAAUUAUAUAAUAAUAUUCAACAUGGAAAAUAGUAAUUCUGUCAGUCUAGCACGUGCAGGUGUUCAGAAUGUACACGUCUUUCUUCUACCAAUAUUAUCUCAGCCCUUUAGCAUAUCUUCCUAUUUUUGUUUCUUUUAAUAAAUAUAUUCAACUAAAUUCUUUCUGAAACCCAUUCUUUGCCCAAAUCUCGGUGCAAUGAAAACAGUCUUUAAGUGAACCCAUUUCAGGAUACCUGCCCUUCACAAAGAGAAUUCUUCCGGUGGCUCUUGAAGGCUUCUCCAGGAUCAUUUGUGUUGAAAAUAUGAUUCAAUGUAAAUGAUCUUCACCUUACCCCACUCACAUUCUUCUGAUCCUUUAGGCUUGCCAUUUUGACCCAGUCUUCCCCUUGUCCUUCCUUCAUCCACCUUUGUUCCCUUCCUCUUCCCCCAUCCACAAUCUUCACAUACAUGUUCCUGCCCCCAACACCCAUCUGCUUCAAACUGUCAUUCACCUUUCCCUUCCCUGGCUCCCAUUCUCAUCUCCAUUAUUUAUCAGAAUCCUCCACUGGUUUUCCUGUUUAUCUCUGUCCAGCAGCCAUCUACCAUCUUUACACUCUCACCUUUCACCUUUAUUUGUUGUUAGCCUCUCCUUUUUCUUCUCUCCCUUUUGUCUACCUCAAACCAUCAUUCAUCUACCAUAGUCAUCUGACUCCACCCUCUCACCUCCCCUAUCAUCUUAUAUUAUGCUGGAAGUUUGAUAGUGUCAGGGAGCAGCAGUGUGUGAAGUUGCCAUUAGCAGGGACAGGGUUCUUGGGAAAUUGAAAGGCCUGAAAGUAUUUGGUACAGAUGGUAUAUAUACUCCAGGGUUCUGAAAGAGGUGGCCAAAGAGAUUGUGAAGGCAUUAGUAAUGAUCUUCCAAGAAUCAAUUGGUUCUGGCAUACUUCCAGAAGAAUGGAAAAUUACAAAUGUCACUCAGCUCUACAAAAAAGAAGAGAGGCAGAAGAAAGAAAACUAUAGGCCAGUUAGUCUGAACUCAGAGGUUGGGAAGAUGUUGGAGGCGAUUGUUAAGGAUGUAGUUUCAGUGUACUUGGAGGCAAAUGAUAAAAUAGGCCAAAGUCAGCAUGGUUUCCUUUAAGGGAAAAUUAUUGCUGAGUAAUAUUGUAUGUUGGAAGUCUUUGAAGAAGUAACAAGUGGGAUAGAUGAAAGAGAAUUGCUGUAUGUUGUGUACUUGGAUUUUCAGAAGGCCUUUGAUAAGGUGCCACACAUGAGGCUGCACAACACAUUAAGAAAGAUACUAGCAUGGAUAAAGUACUGGAUGAUUGGCAGGAGGCAAAGAGUGUGAAUAAAGGGAGCCUUUUCAGGUUGGCUGCCAACGAAUAGUGUUAUUUUGGUCUGUGUUGGGACCGAUUCUUUUUACAUUCUGUGUCAAUGACUUGGAUUGAUGGCUUUGUGGCAAAGCUUGCCGAUGAUGCAAAGAUAGGUAGAGGGGCAGGUAGUUUUGAGGAAAUAAGAGAGGCUUCAGAAGGACUUAGAUUAGGAGAGUGGACAAAGAAGUAGCCGAUGGAAUAGUGUGUCAGGAAGUGUAUGGUCAUGCACUUUGGUAGAAGAAAUAUUUUCUAAAUGGAGAGAAAAUACAAAACUGAGAUGAAAGGGACUAAUCAUUGUGCAGGUUUCCCUAAAGGUUAAUUUGCAGGUUGAGUAUGUGGUCAGGAAGGCAUUUAUUUUGAGAGGACUGGAAUAUAAAAGCAAUGAUGUAAUGCUGAGGCUUUAUUAAGGACUGGUGAGGACACAUGGGGAGUAUUGUGUGCAAUUUUUGGCCCUUUAUCUAAGAAAGGAUGUGCUGAUAUUGGAGAGGAUUCAAAGGAAGUUCAUGAAAAUGUUUCCAGGAUUGAAAGGCUUUUCAUAUGAAGGGCGUUUGAUGGCUAUGGGCCUCUACUCAUUGGAAUGAGGAGUAACCUCAUUUGAAUCUAUUGAAUGUUGAAAGGCCUUGAUAGAGUGAAUGUGGAGAGGAUGUUUCCUAUGGUGGGGGAGGCAGAGGAUGAUAGAUUCUUGAUUAGUCAAGGCACAGAGGCAUAUGGGAAAGAAGGGAGGAGAUUGGGCCUGAGAAGGAAAAUGGAUCAGCCAUGAUAGAGUGGUGGAACAGAUUCAAUGGGCCAAAUCGCCUAAUUCUGCUCCUAUAUCUGAUGGUCAUGGUCUUAUAACCCUCCUCAAUACACAAGUCUCCCUGGAGUCCUUUAUUGCUACUCCCUUUCCCCUCUGUAUUUUGACCAUCUUGUCUCUUCACUCUUAAUCUUGAUGCUGAGUUCCAGCCCAAAACUGUCAACAGUUUUUUCCUCCCACCAACCCUGAUUUCUUCCAGCAUACUGUAUGUUGUUUCUAAUACAAAUGAUAAUUUAAACAAAAAUUACUCCAGCUUCUGGUUAUGCUUCAUUUGAAUUAUUUGCAAAUAAUCUUUCAUUAAAAAAAAAUUAAAGGAAGAUAUAAAUGGGACCUCCAGUCCUUUGAGGGCUUUACAGCCUAAUCCACUUACUUUAUAUAGUAGUGACGAGUUGGAGUUGUUCCUGGAAUUGGGAGAGAUGGUUGAAGGGAAAUGGAGAUUAAAGAUAUGACUGAGCCACCUUUCUGUGGCCUUGUAGAAUGUUCCAGGUAGUAAACUUGGUAGUUAUCUCAUUGAGUUUCUAUUAAUAUUAUUAUUCCUAACAUGAAUCGCCUGGAGAAUGUCGCUUUCUUUUUUAUGGUAUUUAAGCAGUAAAUGCCCUUUGAAAGUUCAACA